AUGAAGCUUCCAAAUCAUAGUAUCUCACUUGUUCUCACACUAUUGAUUGCAACUCUUGCACCUCUGGCCUAAUCCUCGGAUGUGCAAGCCUAUCCAGGAGUUCAGCUGAGAAUCGAGCAAGACUUCUUGGAUAUGGUUUCUAAGGAACUAUUCGAAGUGCUUCCUGUUAUCGUGGACAAGAUCGACAACUUGCUCCCCAAAGAACUUAACAUCUUAAUCCUCCAUUUCUCAGAAAUAGAGUUAAAAGACUUCUAGAUAGAUCCUGCCAGAGGUAAAUUCAAAAUUGACGCAAAAGAAAGCGGAAUCAAGAUGAACUGGGCUAAGCUAGUGAACUAUCAAUUCCACUGUCACGUCAAGAUACCAAUCUGGUGGUUCAUCUAAAUCAACUGGGAUAUCGAUAUCUAUCUCAAAAAUGUUACUGUUGAUAAUGGUAUCUCUCUAACUUCAUAUGCUCACAGUGGAGCACCCUACGUUGAUCUCUACCAGACUAAAAUCAAUCUAGGAGAUUCUUACUACAGAAUGAGCGGCAACUUCAUCAUGUACCUUAUCAGCUGGAUCACAAACCUCCUCCUCAAGUAUCCUCUUCAGGUUCUCAUUGAUCUCUUCCUGCAACCUGGAAUCAAUUUCUUUAUUAAUAACUUCCUCAUUCCAGGCACUCUCCACAAUGGCUAUAUUGAGCUCUAGGGAUUUCAUACCAGUGGCACUAAUGCUACGACAAGCCUGAUGCUGGACCUUACUCUCCCACAGACUCCAGUUUACACAGACACAUCUAUCGAUACCUUUGACGAUGGCGCAGUCUACUUCAAGAACCACAAUGAGACAUUCACCAAGCCAAACACUCCCAUGAAAUUCUAAACCAAUGAUUUCUCCUUACAACUAGUUGCUUCCAGCUUCUCAGUCAAUCAAAUCGUAGAGACUGUCCUUGAAACUGGUUUAAUUGCUAUCCCAAUCGAUCAUAGCCAGAUCAAGAAUCUUAUUGGCAUUGAUCUCACCACCACUAUUAUGCUUGUGAUUGUACCAGAACUUUUCUACCACUACGGUUCUAAAAGCGUGAAUCUAAAGUUCACCCCUAUCUCAGGCACAAAUCUGGACUUCUCUCAGUCCAAUUCUACUGUGGACUCCUACCUGUAAAUCCUGGCUGAUUUCAUUAUAGUAGAGGCAGACAACUCAACUCAGCUUGCCUUCCAAGCUUUGAUGGGAAUCGAAGCAGACAUUGAUCUUUAAAUUGAGGAUAAUGUUAACAAGACCGUCGACUUCCAAUUCAAGGACUUGGAGUUGAAAAGCUUCAACGUCACAGUCGAUAACUGUUACGUCAAGAACGAUGAAGAUAACAUCAAGACUAGACUCAACGCUAUCAUGGCUGCUAUAGAGCUUUCAGUCAACUAAUUCGUUAAGGCUCUUGGCCCUAAACUGCCUCAAUUCCAAACAUUUGACUAUAAUCUCCACUUUGAUUACUAAGAUCAUGCUUUUGGCACAGGUAUCUCUAUCAAGCCAAAGGGUCAAUGA